CCCUUCACGCCGCUUUCCUCUUCAUUUUGGGCUCAAGUUUCUUACCACCCCCGCCGUCCUAACGCGGGCUGAACUGCUGGGUCAGCGUUGUGCGUGGUGCUGGGAGCGACCCUCAGCCUGCUGCUGCUUCACCCAGGUUCUCGAGAAAAUGCUGUCAUUCAAGGAUGUGGCCAUUACUUUCUCUCCAGAAGAGUGGAAAUACCUGCAGCCUGCUCAGUGGAAUCUGUACAGGAAUGUGAUGUUGGAAAACUACAGCAACCUCGUGUUUCUGGGCCUUUCUUUGUCCAAGCCAUUGUUGGUCAGAUUUCUGGAGAAAAACCAAGAGCUUCGGAAUAUGAAGAGAAAAGCAGCAGCUGUGUCCAAAGGAAAAAAACCCUUUAAAUGUAAAAAAUGUGGCAAAGCUUUUCCUAAAAAGUCAAACUAUACUUAUCACCUGAGAAUUCACACCGGAGAGAAACCCUACAAGUGUAACAUAUGUGGGAAGGCCUUUUCUCUACAGUUCAUACUUAGAAGACACCAGAAAGUUCACCCUGGAAAAAACUCUGACAAGUAUGGCAUAUGUGGCAAGACCUUUGCUGUGCGCUCCACACUUACUCACCACCAUAAUAUUCACAUCAGAGAGAAACCCUACAAGUGUGUCGUAUGUGGCAAGGCCUUCAGUAUGCCCUCCACACUUACUAACCACCAGAAAAUUCACGAUAGACCCUACAAGUGUGAAGUAUGUGGCAAAAAGUUUUCUGCUUCCACAGAUUGUAUAAAACACCGGAGAGUUCACACUGGAGAGAAACCCCACAAGUGUGAAGAAUGUAAAAAACCCUUUAGAACUCUUCCAGAGCUCAUUAAACACAGAGUAGUCCAUACUGGACAGAAACCCUACACCUGUGAAAAAUGUGGCAAAGCCUAUAGGAGGAGUGAUAACCUUCAUCAACACCAGCAAGCUCAUACUGCACAGAAAUCCUACAAAUGCAAAGAAUGUGGCAAAAUGUUUCGCUAUUCCUCAGGCCUUACAAGACAUCAAAGGAUUCAUUCUGAAGAGAGACCCUAUAAGUGUGAGGAAUGUGGCAAAGCCUUUCCCUGGCCUUCAGACCUUACUGACCAUGCAAGAACCCAUAAGAGGAUGAAGCAGUACACCUGUGAAGAAUGUGGUGAGUGCUUUACUAUUCAAACAACAUUUUCUAAUGUCCAAAAAUUUCGUCGUGAGGGAAAACCUUCUAAAUGUGAAAAAUGUCGAAAGAGCCUUUAAAGGUUCGUGGUUACAUAAAGCACACAAAAGAGUUCAAACAGCUAGCCUGAAAAUAUGAAGGCCAUGGCGGAUGUUUUGUGUAUCAUUCAGCUGUUGCUCAACCUCAAACAAUUUAUAUCUGAGAGAAACCCUACGCAUGUUCAGAAAAGGACCAGGGCUUAUGUCAUGUCUGUAUAAGAAUUGAAGAAUUCAUUCUGAUGAGGAGGUCUAAAAGAGCAAUCAGUGUGGCAAGCUCUUUACCUGUUCUUCACACCUUAAGUAUGCCCAGAGACUGCAUUCUGCAGAGGCACUUUCCACAUACAAACGCUGUGCCUGAGCCUUGAAUAAUCAUUCAGGUCUUCAUCAGCAUUGAGGAAUUGCCAGAGGUGAGAAACCCUGCAAGUGCAGAUGUCCUUGUUAGCUGUUGAUGCCACAUCACACAGCCCAGCAUCAUCUGCGGGUUUCUCACCUAGGUAUUUGAAUUGCUCAGGUUAGCCUAUAGGCAUAUUUUGGGGGGCAUUUUCUUCAUUGCUAAGUGAUGUACAUUAGUCCAUCCAAGGGUAAGGAGUGCCAUUCCAGGGCAAAUGUUCCUGGGUUAUGUAAGAAUUCUGUGUGAUAGAGCAUAUUAAAGAACGAUGGAGCAAGCAAAGAAGGAAGUAACUUUUCUCUAUGGCAGUAGGUCUCAACUUUCUUAAUGCUGUGACCCCUUAAUACAGUUCCUCAUGUUGUGGUGACCCUGAACCACAAACUUAUCUUCACUGCUACUUCAUAACUCUAAUUUUGGUAGUUAUGAAUCGUAAAUAGAUGAUAUGCAAAUGACCCCUCAACCCACGGGUUGAAACAGAUGCUCUGUGGUUUCUGCUUUAGCUUCUGCUCUGGCUUCCCUGGAUACCGAAACUAAGCUGAAACAAACCUUUCUUCCCUAAGUUGUUUGGGGUCAUGGCAUUUGCCAUGGGAAGACAAAUCAAAGUGAGACAGCAGUGAAUGUGUGAAGGAUUUUAACCCUUCCUUAUACUUACUAGACUCCGUGUGGGAGAUGAGGACACACAGCCUUUAGAUUUGUUCGAGCUUCACUGGAGACCAGAGCAUUCACAUUGAGGAAAGCCCUAUUUAUACAAAGAAUGUGGUGGGAGUUGACUUAGAGCCACUGUGUAUUCAGGUGUUAAUUGCUUGCCCCUGAGAGUCUUCCUGUUCUAUGAGCAAUCCCCCACAUAUACCAAAAUGACAUUUAUGUGACCUUGCCCCCCAAAUUAUUCCCAGCAGCUGAAUAAAGUGCGGACACUGGGCUGAGCGGGUUAGAAGGGGCAGAGCGAAGGUUCAUGGAGAGACAGGAGACAGGUAGAGGAGAGAGGAGGAGAGAGGGUGUAGGAUUGCUACAGAAGAAGCAUGUGGCCGGAAGGAGCCUCCUUCAUGGAAAGGCUUGAUGGCGGAAAGCAGCCCACAUGAGAAACAUACAUGAGUAUUUAUGGAAAUUUUGGAUGGCAAGUAACCCAGAGAGAAUCAUUAGAGCAGUUGGCAGGGGAUUUGGAGCUGGGAGGAUAAAGUGUGCCUUAGGAGGUUAGUUUUUGCCUCCUCCAAUGUAUAGGCAUAUUAAAAAUAUAACAGGUGUCUGUCUUUUAUUGACAUGGUAGCAGGUUAAAUAAUCUUGCCACAUUAAUUAUAGGCUACUAAUAGUAAACAGCUCGUUUUUUAUAUUCAUCAACAGACGAUAAUGAAGAUUUUUUUAAUUGAUUGUGCUUAAUUAAACAUUGAAUAACUCUUACUAGAGAAGAACUUUGUAAGAACAAAGAUAUUGGAUAACUACUGAACAGUGUUCUACUCUCAUGUGGUAUUUUAAAUUUAUACAUACAAGAAACCCUGCAAAUCCAGGUAUGAAGAGAAAUUAUUUAAUCUUCAUAGUUAAGAGAAUUUGUUUUGUUGAGACACCUCCUCCGAAAAGGCUACACCUUCUAAUCCUUCCUAAAGCAUUCACCAGCUGAGAACCAGACAUCCAAAUAUAUGAGCCCCUGAGGUCCAUUCUUAUUCAAACCGCCAGAUCAUACUCUGAACCAGAUUAUACUCUGAGCCAGAGUAUGCUUUUUCUUUCAAAUUGCUCUUAUAUUUUAUCACAGUAACUGAAAAAGUUACUAAUAAAAAUAAAAGUGUCAUUUGACCUUUAAUACAUAUACACGAAAGUGUUUUCUUCCUACUUUUUCUUUAUUUCCUCACUGCCCCUUUGUUACUCUAUUCUCUUUCUAAACUGUUUCAGUACAUACACACACACACACACCACCAUGCACAUACAGUCACAGAUGUGAUAGGAAUAUAACUUUUCUGCAAAAGUGCAGAAGAAAGAAAAGUGAUGUGGAUGUUGAACUAUUAGUUACAAUGAUACUUUUUGCAUUUCAGUGUUACAUUAAUAUCUUUCAUCCAGCUUGAAUUUAUUUUUGUAGGAUAAGUGGAAUAGAUCUAAUUUUAUUCUUCCUUUUAGAAGAAUUUGGAUAUCCAAUUUUACCAGCAUUAUUUGUUGAAAAGGCUGUCUAUUCAGGCACAUAUUUUUGUAAAUUUUGCCAAAUAUUAUGUGUCCUUUACCUUAGUGUUUUCUCUCUGGGUAGUAUUUUAUAUUCCAUUAUUUUCAUGUUUGUUUUAGGGGAGUGCCAUGUUAUCCUUAUCACUAUGGCACUCCCCUAUGGAUAGUUUGAGGUUGUUAAGUAAUAUACAUUUGACUGUUCUUUAUGCAUAAAUUGCUUAUAUGUGGCCAUUUUUAUUCUUUGGUUAAGGUUUGUCUCUUUUAAAAAAAUUUAAGACUAUGGUGACUAGGUGCUAUUUUUUCUAAUAACUUUCUUUGAAAGUAUCUUGUUGGUGUAUAUAAAGGCUAAUGAUACUUUGUUAAUUUUGUGAACAGCUCUUUUACUGAUAGUGUUUAUCUAUGUCUUAGUUAGGGUUUGUAUUGCAGUAGAAAACACCAUCACCAAAAGCAAGUUGGGGAGGAAACAGUUCAUUUUAUUUUAUACUUCCAGGAACAAUCCAUCACUGAAUGUACUCAGGGUAGGAAAUCAGGUAGGGCAGGAACCUGGAGACAAGAACUGUAGAGAGCCCUUGGAUACUGCUUACUGCCUUCUUCUGUAUAGCUUGUUCAGCUUCCUUCCUUCCUUCCUUCCUUCCUUCCUUCCUUCCUUCCUUCCUUCCUUCCUUCCUUCCUUCCUUCCUCCCUCCCUCCUUCCCUCCCUCCCCUCCCUGCCUCCCUCCCUCCUUCCCUCCCUCUGUCCCUCCCUUUCUUCUUUCCUUCCUUUCUCUCUCCCUCUCCCCUCUCCCCUUUCUCUCUUUCUUUCUAAAGUGGAAUUCAUCCCAGGGUCUUGCCCACACUAGACAAAGCUGACAGUAUAAACCACACUGUGUUGUAUAAGGCUCUUGUUCUAAUAACACCAGCACAGGGGCUAGGCACAGAGGAGGUGAAGAGUUGGACCUAGCCAGGGUUUGGAGGCCUGGUGGAGGAGGGGCAGGGUAUGACACAUUGACAGAACCUGGAUCCCAAUCAGGGAAAGGACUCAGAAAGCCUGAGGCAGUGUGGGCUGUAGUCUUUUUGGUUCCAGAAACUACAGGGAGUCAGAAUUCUGGAGAAGAAAUGGGGUUAGGGCACAGAAAGAGGGCUGUAUAUAUUUCUAGAGGUAGCACUGUGAUGGGUAAUGAUGAGGUUUAAGGAGUUCUCUGCCUGGACAGUACAACAUGAAAGCGAGAGACAAGUUUUCAUGGGUUUCCCUGGUUGAUGCUGACUUUGCCCAGAAAUGUCCAGAGUCAUUUGAGGACAAACGGGUCAAGGGGCCAAGACGAUGCAUAAACAAGGAGAGUAGCUGCUAGAGUGACAACAGUAAGCAGGAUGCUGUAGUAGGUGUGAGGUAAUGGCCCAUCUUUCAUAAGAGCAAAGUUUCUGAGGAAGGAGACAUCAUGUGUAGAAUAGCAAUGUUAAGCUUGUUCAGGUCCUUCCUUCCUUCCUUCCUUCCUUCCUUCCUUCCUUCCUUCCUUCCUUCCUUCCUUCUUUCCUUUCUUCCUUCCUUCCUUUUCUUCUUUCCUUACUCCUUUUUCUUUCUUUCUCAAUAAAUAUUCUUAUUUUAACUAAAAUUUGUUUAUGUGCAUUGGUGUUUUGCCUGUAUGUAUGUGAGGAUGUCAGAAUCCAUGAAACUGGAGUUAUGGAUUAUGAGUUGCCAUGUGGGUGCUGAGAAUUGAACCUGGCUUCUCUGGAAGAACAGCCAGUGCUCUUAAACAUGAAGCCAUAUCUCCAGCCCCUCAACAUGCUUUUUUAAUAGCACGCAUGACCUCCAGACCAGUUGUGGCACUGCCCACAGUGAGUUGGGCCCUCCAUCAUCAGUCCAAUCUUGGACCUGACUGUGUCUAAGGGGAUCAGCAAGCAUUUACAGUCCCACGAAUCUCUCCUGACCUACCUCACCUUCACACAGGAGUGGGCUGGAUUAUGCUCUGCCUCAGCUGAGCCUCACCCAAGCCUACUGGGCUCCCAUUGGUGCAAGGGGCUGAUGAGCAGAGGCCCAGACCUUCUUUUCUAAUUAAUGGUUCUUCUUUUGACCAGUGAUCUGGAAUAUCAGGAUGCUUCCUUCUCUGAGAAGCCUCAGGCCUGUUGGGAACUGCCACAUCUCAGUCCUCCCUUACUUAAGGGAUCAAACCAUGACUGAAGCCAGGAAGUUGGUAGUGGGUCUCAGGGUAACCAGGAUAGAUGCAGAAAGAUGGAUUGAGUGUAUAUUUCGUCAACUUUAUCAAUCUGGAUCCCAAUCCUGACCAAGGUAAAGGGCACUAGAUACUUAUAGCCAGGUCCUACUGACUGGCAAACACUGGCACCUGGACAUCACUGAAGUUAUUCUGACAAGUUUGGCUACUGAUAUUUGCUAGGUUUUUGCAGUGAGCUUUUUAGGAUGGGUAGAAGCUAUUUCCACCAGAUCAAAAAUGGCUAAUAUAUUUGCCAAGAAGUUACUGAUGGAGAUCACCACAUAUUUGGCCUUUUCUACUCUUUAGAGCCUAACAGUAGCUCAAUAUUCACUGCCAAAGUAUCUCAGCAAGUGGCUUAAACUCUAGGAAUGCAUUGGAACUUACAUUGUGUCUAUGGGUCCCAAAGCUCGGGACAGAUAGAGCUAACAGGACUAUUAACUAAAUUCAUUGCAGAAACUGUUAGGGGGUAGACUGAGAUGCUCCCUACAUUCUUUGAGGACCAGGUGCUGCCUCUACAGGGACAAGCCAACACCACUCUAAUUGGCACCAGUCUCUUUUGUCUUGGUCCAAAUGGUUUACUACCCUUUUAGCUGCCAUAGCUAGACUUAUUCUUUUACUAUUUCUUGGUGUUCCGAUCAGCCCUUGCAUUUUAAAUUGGUUACUAACAGACAUUUAAAAAGAAUCAGUUCUGUUAGGACAUUAGCCCUACAGGCUCAUUAUCAACCGUACCUCAACAUGAAUUAAUUUGAUUCAUAUGAUCUAGAGGAAUGUGAUGACUAAAGAAACCCAUUUUGUGCUAGACAUCUAACUGGGCACCGAAUAGCAGUUUGUCACUGAUUCAAGUUCCUGGAAGAUAAGGUGCCAGCAACCCUAACAGCCUGACCCCGACUCAGAAAUGUUCAGCCAUGACCAUCUGUUUGUUGUGAUGUGACUAACUGCUGAUUUAAUUUCUGUAGCUUGCUUAUGUAGUCAUUCAGUCUAUUUUGAGGUCACCUUGAUAAUUCAGUUUUGGCAGAGCAGAGUAGCUCUUGUGGUUUUUGCCUUUAAAAGCUCUUCACCUACCUCUGGGCACAUUUGGGUUCGAGACUGUGGUCCUGCUAUCAGAUUUAAUAAAUUAGUUUAAUUAUA